AUGUUAUCUAAUCGCAUUUUACGUAUUUCCUCAUUCAUUUUUAAAUUAGAUCUUUACAGAACAAACAUAAAUCGUCAAGAACUGAUUCAGUUUCCGAAUCUCAAGUCAUGUUCAGACGCAAAUGGUUUAAUUCCAGAAGACAAAAUUCUAAUUUUCACUGAUCAUAUUUUGCAGCUCAAAAAAGACAUGAAAUCAAGAUUUCAAGAUCUACUUGAGUUACAAAUCUGUAAUUGGAUUUUAGAUCCAUUUUCGUUUGAAUCUGUGGAAGAUCUCGAACCUCAUUUACAAAUGGAAUUUAUCGAUCUUAAACACGACUGUGAGGCACAACUUGUUUUUAAGCAGGUCGGUUACGAGCUUGCCUGGAUCAAGCUUAAAGACACUUAUCCACAACUAUGGCAACAAGUUAAAUCGUUGCUUCUCUCUUUCCCGUCAACGUAUCUAGUUGAAAAAGGAUUCAGCGUUGUUGUCCAGCUUUUGACGAAACAAAGAAAUCGGUUGGACAUUUGCAACAAAGGUGAUCUACGUUUAGCUUUGACCAAUAUCAAACCAGACAUCGUUAAAUUAGCAGCUACUCAUCAGGCUUAA